AUUUGACAAUGACAUUUCGGACUCGCAAACGAUACGAAUUCGAUAAUGGUUCGUGCUAGGGGUACUGUUGUGUGUAUAGUUGAAAUAGCUCGUGACCACAAAAAUUAAAUUGCUAAAACUACAAGUAGGUAUUUAAAUAAUUAACACGGGUAUUUAAUGCUGCAUAAUGUUAUAACACGUGUUCUAUUAUAGACUGCGAUCCAAAAGUGAAUGAUUAAGAUUACCUUACAGAGAACAUUGUUAUUUAUAGAUUAAAUGUUGUAAUAUAAUCGCCGGUUAGAAAAGGCUAAUCCUAUGAAUCAUUUUCGUUUCUUGGUGAAAGCAUACGUACCUGCGAGAAGCAUCUUAAAUAUGUGUUCCUGUCCUCUCGAAUCCAUACCUAAGGUGGAUAUUGAUCCAUCUGGAGUAUUUAAAUACAUAUUAUUAAAAGUAUAUGGCAAGGAAAAGGAUAACCAGGAACCUUUUGUAACUAUUGUCCGAGGAUAUAAGAGAUGCAACUAUCAUGCUGAUAUUUUUGAUGAGGUACAAGAAAAACUUCAGCCAUUAGAUUGUGAGCCUUUAGGAGGAGGAAGAAUUUCACAUGAACCAGACAAUAAAAAAAUCCACAUCUAUGGGUACUCUCAAGGUUAUGGAAAAGCAGACCAUGAAAUAACUGCCAAGCUUGUUAAAGAUGCCUAUCCUCAGUAUACCAUCACUAUCAAUGAUGAGGGGUAUUAGAUAAUACACAUACAAUAGGGGUGAUGACGGGGUACAGUAAACGAAAUUCUAUUUAGUCCGUCAGUUAGAUGAUCAAAAAAUAAUGGACACAUAUUUUUUCUUUGGGCAAUCAACCAAAAAAUGACAAAGUUAUAGUGCAUCAAAGUUUGGGAGUAGGGGCUCGUGAUGUCACUUUUGAGUGAAUUUUCACUUAUGUGAAAAAAGAAAAAAUAUGUGUACUAAUACUUUUUGAUAAUCUACCUGAUAAACGAAGAAAAAAAAAUUUGUCAUCAUCCCUAUUAUAUUUGAACAAGAUCAUAAUAUUCAACAUCCUAUCACUUUAGUACCCUAAGGUAAUUUAAAAUGUAUAAAAGUAUUUUUAAUAGUUCUGCCUUUUAUUUGCUAUUUCACAAAAGUGAUGAUCUGCUCUUGCGAAAACUGUAUUUCUAGCAUGGUCGCCCGACCUAUACAUAGUAAAUACCACAUUAAUUAAUUCAAAUCAUUGACACAAAUAAAAACAAGAAGUCUAAUGGUGGAACUGCACCACUUAUCUGCUGUGUUGCGACUAUGUGCUAGCUAUUCGAUUUUCAUGCUUUUCGACUUCUCGGCACGCCUAAAGGAACUCUCUAUGGAAAUAGUGAACCACCAUUUGAUCUACAGUAGAUGAAUAAGUAUAAUUAGAAUUAAUAUGAAGUUUGCUACUAUACCGUAAGUCUGCGGAUCACUGGCUCUCAGUCUAAAAAGUUUUUGACCAGUGUGUGUUGCCAGUGAUGACCUACGGAAGCGAGAAGUGGUCCUUUACUGCGGGGCUCAUAAGAAGGCUCAAGGUCACUCAACGAGCAAUGGAGAGAGCUAAGCUCGGUGUUUCCCUACGCGAUAGAAUCAGAAAUGAAGAAAUCUGUAGGAGAACCAAAGUAGGCAGACCCGUCUUUCCCAGUGGGCACUUUGGGCAAGUGCCCAAGGCCCCGCGAUAGAUCAAAUACAAACUCCCUAGUUCCUGUUAAAUCACCAAACGGAACUCAUAGGGGCUCCAUUAUUCUAAUAUGCCCAGGGCCUCCAAUAGGUCAAAGACGGCACUGAAAGUAGGUAACCGAUAUCGCUCGAACGAUGGCUCUGCUGAAGCGGCAGUGGGCGGGACACAUAGCAAGAAGAACCGAUAGCCUUUGGGGUGGAAAGGUUCUGAAAUGGUGACCACGACCGGACUACGCUCAGUGGGCAGACCCCUACAAGGUGGACCGACGAUCUUGUGAAGGUCGCGGGAAGCCGAUGGAUGCGAGUGGCGUAGGACCGAUCGGUGUGGAGAUCCUUGGGGGAGGCUUAUGCUCAGCAGUGGGCGUCGUACGGCUGACAUGAUGAUGAUAGUGGAUAUUGUGAAAUAAAAUUGAUGUGAUUGUGUUAAAAUCGUCUGUGCAACUGAAGAGUUAACGGAAUCUAAAAUAUUCGCUAUAGUGAUUGUGAGAUUUAUUGUAGUGUUGACUUUUCGAGAAAGCUGACUCGAUACAUUUCGUGCCAAACGCUCCAAGAAGCAUUAGAAUGUGUUACACCAACAUUGUAGUGUAAAAAAAAGAAGAUUUAUAACUAAAGACCAGGCUGUAUGGGCAUUUUUCCCUUUGCCUUCCCUAAAACGGGAGAAUCCUAAAAAAAAUAUAGCCGAAAUAGAGAAACUCACGGCCGUAAAACUUAAAAAAAGCAAGCAUGUCAUGUCAAUAGAGCUGUAAAGUAACGAGAUAUUUGAUACUCGUAUGUAUUCGUUACUAUAAAAUCAAUACUCGUUACUUUCGAUACUAGUGUAAAGCACUGCAUUGAUCGUGUCGAGUCGAGUUAUAUAUAAUAUGACGUUGUACGUUUAAAUUUCAAUUUCAGCUUCAAACUUUGUCUAAUCACUUUCCUUAGUUACUAUACUUAUAAUAGUAUACUAGAUUGAAGUCCAACUGUCAUCACAUUCAUAAUACUUAUUUUUUAACUGUUGACCUCUUGCAGUAUACAUAUUUGUUGUUGUUUAAACAAUAAUUUUUCGUAACGAGUGUUUAAAUACAUUCUGUGGCGGUCGCUGGGUUUGCAGUAAAUGAAGCCACACUGGAUAUUUUUGAUGAACAGUAUUUCUGUAAUGUAAUUUUAACAAGUGUAGUACAGUGGCCGCUCCGGCGACGCACAAAACGUAACUGAACUGAACUCAUUCCAGUCACUUAAUCCAUUCAUUCUUAUGUAUGUUUCAUUCACAUUCUAUUCAACGAACAAUAAUAAGUAUUUGUUCAUCACGAAACUUAAGAUGAUACAACGCAAGAUGAGCAAACUGAUUCAAUUCAAGCAUCAAUGUUACAUGCGCAGUUGAAUUCGUACGUCCGUACACAGAAUCGAAUUGACAUCAUUAUUACCCUUAGUGCGAGUUUUACAAUUACUACGAAAACUAUGAUAGCUGUUUUCGUGAGCUCAAACUAGUACUAAGGGUACAGCACAUCACAUACGAGUAACGAAAUGUAUUAGUAACGAUUCGUUACUUGAAGUCAGGUGAUGUACCCGUUACUUGGUAACGAAUACAUACGGUUUGUUACAGCUCUACAUGUCAAAGUCAGACUUUUACCCAAGGACUUUUACGUGAAAACAAAUCUCCGCUUUGCAAUCGUUUGAUUUUGAGUUGUACUUGUACACAGGCACGAGGUUUGCAUGCUUUGCGAUACUUAACUUUGGAUAGUGGAUAGCUACAUAACUUAAUUAAAUUUGUUUUUUCUAAAAUGGCAAAUUUUACAACAGACAGCAAAUUAUGUAUAGAUCGUGAGAUACAUAUCGAACAACACGACUAUAGUGACUUGCUUUUAACUUUUGAUAUCGAAGGAACUUGCAAAUGGAUAGCAGAUAAUAAGUUUACGAAGAUUUCACUUCAAUUUCCUGAUGAAUUAUUGCCAGCUAGCACUAUAAUUUAUGAUGAACUAAGGAAAAGAAUUGAUGCCGAUUUAUACGUACUUGGAGACACAUCAUACGCCAGUUGUUGUAUUGAUACUGUAGCAGCAAUGCAUGUGAAAUCUGAUGCAGUUGUUCACUAUGGCCACACCUGUUUCUCCAAAACCAACAUUCCUGUUUACAUUGUACUACCAAAAGCAGAAUUAAAUAUUGAUAAAACCAUAAAAAUUAUCACAGAGAAUCUACAGACACUUAAAGAUACCAAAGUCUGUCUACUUUAUGGAGCAGAAUUUGAUCAUUGCAAAGAAAAUUUAAAGAAACUUUGGUUCCAAAGUUACCCCGGAAGCUACAUUGGUUACAUUGAAAAAGAAGAACACAAAGAUAGAUUCUUAGGCCGACUUCUCAAAGAUGCUACUGGUCAGAUAUAUGUGGUGGAUGUUCUCAAAGACUGUACUUGUGUGUAUAUUGGUUCCAGAGGACAAACAAUGUUUAAUUUGGCCAUUUCUAUUGCAGCCAAGAGUUGGUAUCUUUUGGACCCUGAAAAGAUGAAAUUAGAGCACAUGGAAGAAGCACAUUGGAUUAAACGUAGACGCUUCUUGGUUGAAAAGUGUAAGGAUGCCGAUGUUAUUGGUAUUCUGAUUUGUAAGCUGGCUGGUGAACAGACUAAAGAUAUUAUAAAUAGAAUGAAGCAGCUAUGUCGCAUCAAUGGCAAGAAAAGCUACAUUGUAUCAGUAGGAAAGCCAAAUGUUGCCAAAUUAGCAAAUUUUCCAGAGAUAGAUAUAUAUACAAUGAUAGCAUGUCCAGAAAAUGAUUUGUAUAAUAGCAGAGAGUUCUACAAACCUAUUGUUUACCCUUAUGAAUUAGAAGUAGCUUUGAACUCUAAAAGGGAUCCAUAUUUUACAACACAUAUCACAGAUUAUGAUGAGUUACUCACUGGAAAUCGACAUCACUGUGAUAUUGAUUGUAUCAAGGAAAUCACAGAUGUUAGCCUCAUUACAGGCAAGAUAAGGGAGACUAAAGUGGACCACAGGCAAGAAUCCACAAUGGAAUUGGAUAAAAAACAAAAUUGGGCCCUAGAAAAUAUUGGGAACAAUCUUGAAAGCAGGUCUUGGAAAGGUUUAGAGCAAAUGUUGGGUGAAACUGAAGUUAAAAAAGCUGAAGCAGGCCGCAAGGGUAUACCUCUCCACUAUAAAAAUGAGCCAAAUUAAACUGCUUUUAUUUAUUUGUCAGUCUUCCCUAUAGUGCUAGGCAGGACGUGGCAUUUUAUUUUAUAAAUGUACUUUUGGCGUAAUGCAUAUAACCAACUGGUCAUACACCUUUAGGAGGGGAAAGCUGCUUAUGGAAACUUCUGGCCACUUUUGUGUUGCAAUUUACUUCAUAUUCUAAUUUAAGAGAACUGAAAAAUAAAACAGUAGGUAAUAAACCAAUUUUUUUAUUUAUAAUUUUGAACAAUAUUAUUUUAUUUAUAGAUGCUCCAUGUUAAGCCAUAUAAAAUUUUGAAUUUUUAUUUAUAGCAAAAAAGAGCAUUUUACUUACAUUUACACUUUUUGAUUAAUUGGAUUUUGUGGUGACUUCAGCCAUUCUUUUCUUAGCAUUUGUUUAAGUUGUGACAAUCUAAGAGUAGGGUUCUCAGCUUUUAACCUAGGAAGUUGUACUGUUUCAUAAGCGGUGUAUGCAGCUUUGAGACGUUUUUCAGGAUGUUUAUCAACAUCAGACUGUUCACUGAAACAAAACAAUAGAUCUUAUUUAUUAGUACAACAACAAACAAUAUUAUUUUGUACUUCACAAUUCCAAAUGAAGUAUUUUAAUUUUUACCUCAGGAGUGAGAUAGCCUCAUCAACUGUUUGAGCAACUUCUCCAUCCAACUGAAUUCGGUUGAGAUUCUCUUCUAGAGGGGGUUCUUCUAUAACCACCCGUGAAGGCUGAAAUUUUUCAGUAAAAAAUUGACAUAUAUAACAAAUGGUUAAAGUAAUAAUUGGCUAUCAAGAAUAUUUAUCAAAUGAAAUCAGAUAUUAAGUUAGAAACUUUUAACAUUAUUGGAUGGGUGGCAAAAGUAAUGAACUCCUAAAAUUUUAAGACACCUUUCUUUGUGCUUACUGGAAUAACUAAAUUGAUCCUUACUGAUGGUAUAAGAAGUGAUUCCUGAACAAAAAGCUUUAUGAUUUCAUAAAAAAAUUUAAGUUUUCUCUUAACAUACAAAUAGCAAAUCAAUAAUAGAUACAACCUGAACAAUAACAGGUUUCUUCAGAUGUUACAGAAGUAUUACAAGGAAAAUAGUAAAAGCAAAGUAAAUUAGCAACAUUAUAAAUGACUAAUCCACUUUACUCCUACCAACAACAUUAAAUACCAACACGAACAAAAUUGUGGCCAAAACCUGUCCAAAAUGUAUAUUGGGCAAUCUACGGAGCUCCGUAAGAUGAUUGCAUAGCCAAAAACAAUGUAUGGCAUAUUUCGAACAUUGAAAGUCACCUUUAAUGCAUACUGUAUAGUGUCUUCAUUAAAACGCAAGCAUUAAAGAGUUAAGACAGUUUGAAAUGCAAGCUCGUAAAAUUUUAGAAUUUUUGCUAUGUGCAGUAGAAUAUAGAACUUAGUUCUUUGAGUCUACACGCAAUUCUGAAUGCACUGUUACCAAUAUAGCAGGUACGGCUUGUGAUAAAAAGAGAUGGCUAUAUUACCGACCAUAAAUUUGAAUAUCACAAAUUAUCUAUUUAAUCAGUUCAUAGUAAGUAUUAGAACAAAAUAUGCUUCAAAUGUGUGAAAGAACAUAUUAAACAUUGAUUAUGUACCUGUCAAAAAAACGACACUACAUACUAUUAUUUUUUUGCAUUUUUUCAUGGAGCUCUAGCAUCUUGACUUUUCAAUGGUCAUUGGGACAAAUCUUGAGUGCAUGUGGUGUAUCUGGGGUUUUUAAUAUUGUUGACUCCUACCCUAAUUAUGUAGAUACAAAGUCGAUUCAUACAUUGACAAAACAUUCCUAUUAGUGUCACCUUAAUUGCCCAAAAUAACAGUAAAUGUUACUUGUUAACACAUCCUUAUGAAUAAUGACUUCUACUACCUGAGAUUUCACAGGUUCAGCUUUGUUGAUUUUUUCCUUAACUUGUGAAAUCUGGGCUCUAGUAAUCUUUGGUGGAGGAGGUGCUUUUGUAUUUCCUUUAAUUGAAUCUAAUUCUUUUUCCAAUAACGCUUUUGCUUCAGCUUUUUUCUGUAACUGCUCUUGCCUUUUUUUCUCUUGUUCCUCCUGUGAAACAGAAACUGAAUUGAUUAUUUCCAAGUUUUUUUUUAUUACUCCAAUAAAAAAAAAAUUUAACCUUUUUUUGCUGUUUUUUCUUCAGUUUUUCAUCAUCAUCCUCCCACUGCGCAUCUUCUAUCAUUUUCUUUGUUUUCUGUUCCUUCUCCUGUUUAGCAUCUUCUUUGCGCUGCCUUGCAGCGACUGCUUUGCUAUUUUCUCCAGCAAAUUUCUUCGGCAUGUCUGCUGCUGUGCUACAGAAAACCAGACGAUGCUAAAAAAUAUGUACUUACCUUAUAUCUUAUAGUAUAAUAUCAAUGAAGGUAACACAAAAAUAAUUGUGAUUGGUGCAAUGAUAAUCGCUAAUUCGCAAAACAAAUAAAUUGUAAAUUUUAAGUGUAAUCCAAUAC